AUGCCGUUCAUGCUCGAUUUCAUUACAUUGCCUCAUCUCAGUACAGUAGACGGAAUAUGGUUGCGUCCUCUUCCUCACCUAGCCUCCGCACCACAAACUUCGAUGUCCCGGAGUCUUGCGGGCGUUGAGCUAUCCAUCCCCGCCAUGUCUCUUCCAACAUUCAUUUCAGCUCCACUCUCCACCUACACGGCACGUCGCCCGCGUUCGCGCAUCCCCUUGUGCUCUGCCACGCCGCCACCUAGAGAUGAUUCUUCCCCCAGUCCCAGCAGCGACGCUUCCUGGCAAGUACUUCAGCGACGCCUGGCCCUACUUCGUGACAAGGAGGUAAUACGCGAUCGUACGAUUGCUCGCAAUUGGCGCUCGGGACAAUACGACGCCUCCGUCGUCGCCGCUGUCACUCGUGACUACGUCCGCAAGCUCUCUUUCCAGGAUGACUUUCUUGUAAUGGGAACGGCAUCGGGGGGAGUCGUCUUUUCUGACUUAGUGUCGGGAAGGCGCGUGACUUGUCGGCAUGUUCAUACAGGCCAGGUUACGGCUAUACACUACCGCGAUUCAUACAUGGUUAGCGCGGGUGCAUCGGAUUGUGAAGUCGCUGUGUGGCAGACGGAGCGGUAUGAAAAGCGUUCUUUAUGGGAUGAGCUGGAUGCACGCGGUGAAGCGGUUGAUGGGGUCUUGACUCUACCCAAAGUAAGAAUCAAGACUCACAUAGACCAGAUUUCCGCUUUACGUCUUGAUGUCAAGAACAGUAGAGUAUACAGCGCGAGUAUUGAUGGCACGGUGCGAGUGUCACAUUUGGAUACCGGUGAGGAGCUAUCGAUGAUAAGGGUCGGAGAGCCCGUCUUGUCAAUGACACUCACAGAGAAGGGGUAUUUGCUGUUGGGAUCCACAAGCGGUAGGGUUCUGGCUUAUCAAGCCGAGCGCGGAUUCCAUUUGCUUUCUAUGGUUUGCCACAACUCCAACACGACUGCGCUCGCUUUCUGGGAGGAGACACAGGUCCUGGUCACCGGGGAUGCCGCCGGAAAUCUCAAGGUGUGGUCUUUCAACGACAGUACAUUGUUGGGCACUCUUCCUAAACAUGAAGCAGCAGUCAUGUCCGUGCAAAUUGAUGGCUCAAAGGUCGUGAGCUCUAGCCGUGACGGAAGCGUUGCAGUUUUCGGACUUGCCUCGCGUCAGAGGCUCUACUCAAUUGUAGGUUUUACGAAGUACCUUGGUGCCGCUACUUUCGAUGAUGUCAGACUCAUCGCUGAUGGUACAAACGACUUCGUUAUCUGUCAUCGUUUCGAUUCGGACCAAGGUGCAGGCUCGUAA